AUGCCCGCGUCCUCCGUCUCGGGGGGCAGCGGCCCCGGAGGCGUCUCCCCGGACGCCAUCAUCGAGUGGCUGCAGGACGAGAUGGGGUACCCCUCGGCCCCGCCCGCACCGGAGCAGCUCCGCAAGAUCUGCCGGGGCAACAUGAUCCCCGUCUGGUCCUUCCUGCUCCGCCGCGUCCGCUCCGAGCGAACCGUCGCCACCGCGCGCCGCAACAUCCUCGUCCACGGUGUCGCGGCCCGGCGGGCGCGGGAGGGCGGAGCGAUGGGGGCAGGCGCCGGUGACGCCGCGGCCAGGGAGGCCGAGGCGAGGGAGCGGGACCUCGCCGCCGAGGAGGCAGAGCGGCUGCGUGGGGUCGUGAGGAGGCAGCGCAAGGAGCUCCGCGCGCGCAUCGCGGAGGUCGCCAGGGAGGAGGCGGAGCGCAAGCGCGUCCUCGGCGAGCGCUCCAAUGCCAGGCACAAGCAAGUUAUGCUCGAAGCAUAUGAACAGCAAUGCGACGAAGCUUGCAAAAUAUUUGCUGAAUACCAGCGUCGGCUACAUCAGUUCGUUAACCAAGCAAGGGACGUGCGAAGAUCAAGUAUAGGCGUGGCUGGAGCUACUGGUGCUGUUGAGGAUAUGCAAUUGCAGAGUGAUAGAGAGGAUCUUUACUCAUCAACUAUCAAAAGCAAUAGGUUGCCAGAGGAUCUUUUAGAAACUGCAGGUGAAAGGAGCAUCCGGAAGGCAUGUGAAACUCUUGCUGCGGAUAUGAUUGAAACAGUUCGAAGUUCAUUCCCGGCAUUUGAAGGGAGUGGCAUUAAUUCAAGUUGCCAAUUAGAUGCAGCAAAGCUGGGUAUUGACUUGGAUGGUGAAAUACCAACAGAUGUUAAAGCUGUCGCAUUGGAUUCCCUAAAGAAUCCGUUCCUGCUUCUGCAGUCAAUCAUUACCUACACAUCGCGCAUGAAAACACUUAUACAUAGAGAAACAGACAAGAUUGACAUACGCACUGAUGCAGAGUUACUGAGGUAUAAAUAUGAAAAUGAGCAGGUUAUUGAUGCUGCUUCAACUGAUGCAAGCUCACCCUUACCGUAUCAGGUGUAUGGAAAUGGGAAGACUGGAUCUCAAUUGUCAACUCGAGGAACAUAUGAUCAGCUACUAGAAAGACAGAAAGAACAUGUACAGCAAUUCUUGGCAACAGAAGAUGCUUUGAACAAAGCUGCAGAAGCGAAAGCACUAAGUCAGAAGCUAUUGCAACGCCUGUAUGGCACCAUUGACAUGGCAGGAAGUAAGAAGCUGCCUACUGGGAACACCACACAAAAUGUGACCAACAGUAGGCAUUUAGAGCUGGACGUUUGGGCCAAGGAAAGAGAAGUUGCGGGACUAAAGGCGAGCUUGAGUACGCUUACAUCUGAGGUACAACGUUUGUAUAAGUUAUGUGCUGAGUGGAAGGAAGCGGAAGAUUCAUUGAAGAAGAAAUGGAAGAAAAUCGAAGAAUUCGACGCCCGUCGAUCAGAGCUGGAGUGCAUUUACAGUGCUCUUCAGCGGGCUAAUAUGGAUGCAUCGGCAUUUUGGGAGCAACAACCAUUAUCAGCUAGAGGAUAUGCAUCAAGUACAAUUAUCCCUGCAUGCCAUGCUGUGGUAGACAUGUCUACGAACUCAAGGGACCUCAUAGAGCGAGAGUUAGCUGCAUUUAGCCAGAGCUUGGAUAAUAGCUUGUGCAGGUUGCCAGCAACCCCUCAGGCCCUUUUGGAGGCCGUGGGUUCUAACGGCGUGACAGGAUCAGAAGCACUUGCAGCUGCAGAGAAACAUGCAGCUUUGUUGACUGCAAGAGCUGGUGCCAGAGAUCCAUCUGCCGUGCCAUCUAUAUGCCGCAUCUCUGCUGCUCUUCAGUAUAACUUUGUUUCACCAGGUACAGAAGGCACAGAUUCCGGCUUGGCUUCAGUAUUAAAUUCACUGGAGUUCUGCCUAAAACCAUGUGGGUCUGAAGCUAGCAUAUUAGAGGAUUUAUCGAAAUCUAUCAACUUGGUGCACACACGGAGAAAUCUUGUUGAGAAUGACCGUGUUUUGCUGAACCGUGCACGUCGUGCUCAACAAGAAUAUGAAAGAGUGGCCAACUAUUGUCUUAAAUUAGCCGGUGAACAAGAAAAGGUGGUGAGUGAAAGAUGGCUUCCGGAGCUGAGAAAUGCAGUUCAAGAAGCUCGAAGGUGUUUUGACGAUUGCCAGCGUGUUAGGGGCCUGGUUGAUGAGUGGUACGAGCAGCCAGCAGCCACAAUUGUGGAUUGGGUAACGAUAGAUGGGCAGAGCGUUGGUGCCUGGAUCAACCUCGUGAAGCAACUCCACAUGGAGAUCUCCAGACGGACGCUGGCCAUGUCAUCGACGAUCGGUGUUGGUGUUGUGGCUUUGCUGAUUUGGGUGCAGCUGUGGCUUUGCUGUUUGGGCUGCACCUGCCGUCUUAGCUGUUAG